UUGCCCGGACGGGUGAGUGUGCGGGGUCUCGCCUCCCCAGCCAAUGGGAGGAGCGGACCUGUUGCCCGGUGAAGAUGGCGCUGGCGGUCAGGCGGUGCCGCUUCGCUCUGUCCUGGGCUCACAGGCAGCCCGGCCCCAUAGCCGCCCCCGUCGCCGUGCCGCGGUGCCUGGCUCCGCCCGGGCCUCUUCCCUGGGCCCGGCGGUACAGCACUGAGCCGGGACCGGGGCGCCAGCCGCGGCCCAAGAAGGUGGUGGUGGUCGGGAUCCCCAACCCGUUCAUCUGGGCCCGCACCAAGAUGUACUUCUUCCUGAUCAGAGCUUAUUUCGAUCAGGACUUCACCUUCGAGGAGUUUUCCGCCGGUGCCAGGCAGGCCUUUUCACAAGUGUCAAAGAUGCUUUCAGAGUGCAAUUUUGAUGCCUUGAAGAAUCUUGUAUCAAAAGAGGCUUUGGAGGAGGUGGAAGAAAAAUGUUUAGCUAUGCCUGUUAACCGCAGGGAGGCCUUAGCUGCUGAAGUGGAUGAAAUUAUGUAUAGCACACCAGGUGAUGUUGGAAUUUAUUAUGAUAACCAAGGUAGAAAGUUUGUCAGUAUAAUAAUGCGAUACUGGUACCUGACUGAUGUUGACCUUCCUGAUGAGACACCAGAGGGAACGAAAGUGUUUCAAGUUGUCUUUGGUGAUGAAAGCAGUAAAGACAGCUUACGCCUUCUCACAGCCAACUAUGAGUUUCGGCGUGAAUUUACACAAGGUGUGGAACCAGAUUGGAUCGUUACAAGGAUACAGCAUUUCAAAUUAUUGGAGUAAUUCUGCUGAAAAUCUUUCUGUAAGGAUGUUACUGCAUAAUUCACAGCCAAAAAAGACGACCUGCAAGACUGAGCCCUUUUGAGCUGUAAUUUUUUAAUUCUGUAAAAUUCAAGCAUCAAAUUAGAUGCUGAUAUUACAUGAAAGACACUUGCAAUGUUUAACCAUUGUGAAUGAUACCUCGAUUGUAAUUGAUUUUGUCACCACAGAAUUGCAAAGCCUUCAUGAUUUUUUUUGAAAAAGUAUUAGCUUAUGGUGGAUCUCCUGUUAUCUCUUCCAAUGAGUUUGAUUUGGUAUUCUCAGCAGAGAGGUGUAAGUGGACUUGGAUAAUGGCUGUCUUCUGGAACAUGCAACAUAAGUGUCACUACAAAAUUGCAGCAAAUAUGCAAACACUCCUUAAAGGUGUGCAAUGAUGGAGUCGGUGGGGGAGGGAUAGAAAGUGAAUAUUGAUGUGUUGCUUCCUGUCGAAUGUCCAACAAUCGAAGUUAAUAAGCAUAUUCCAGUAAACCCAAAUACAUGUAAUUUCUUGAACACUAUAGUAAGGUAAUUACAAAUGUAGGAAGUUAACCCAUCUUAUUUCAAAGAAUACCCUAGAGUUUCCUGUUACAGAAUUCAAUCGGUUUUUAAAUGUAAACAGAAAUCCUAUGGAUCAUUCUACCUUAAGUUUACCUGUGAGAAAAUUGAUUCUAAAACUGCCUUUCAUUUUAUUGAUGUACAUCCUCACUGCCUCACCCCAAGUCUUAGUCAAGCAAUUUUAUUUUUUGGGAGUCGCUUAAUUCUUGGCCCUAUCAAUUUUUCUCUGCAUUCCCUCCAGGUUUUGAAUAUAUCCAUUAUGUUGUACAGACCACAACUAGACACGGUGAUCAAGCUAUGGCCAAAACAUGAUAUAAUCUAAGCAAUGAUUUUCCCCCAUUAUUCCAUUGUGUUUUUCUCUUUUCUGUUGGCAUCUUUGGUCUGUAUUGAUUUGUCAUGUUUAACAUUUGGCCGAAUAAGAUUUCUGCUGCUUUCACCUUAAUCCAUGAUUAUAACAGAAUCUUUCAAGGAGUAGAAAUAUUUCCUACUUUUCCUUUCUAUGCAAUAUCUUGCAUGUUUGUAUUAAAUUUCAUCUGCCAAUUUCCUAUGCAUUUUUGCAUUUUGUUCAACUCAUUUUCUAAUUGUGACCUUUCCUGUUGAAGAACAGCCAGUUCUUCCAUAAAAUCACUUCAGUUAUGUAGUUGUCAACAAACAUUCAGUAUUAACAAGGUUUACCAUUUCUUUCUCUCCUGAAUUUGCUGACUUCUGCAUGUUUUUGGUUCCACAGGAAAUAACGGUUCUCCUCAAAGAGGUGUUCAUGUGUAAGCCGUUCACUCCAAUUUUUCACUGAUGUCGUGACCACUGGAUAGUGAUCGGGUGGCUGUUAUGCAUUGUUUUUCUAUUGCUCCUUUCUAGUAGGCAGAAACCAGUUGUUCUAUGCUGUAAUAAUCCAUAAUGAAGAGGCAACCCUGUGUACAGUCUAGUGCCUCCUGGUCUGCAUUAUUGUUUUGCAGAACAAGUAGAGAACUUACCAGCUGGACAGUAGGAAAACGGAAUACUUCCAAUUGGAAAAUUUUCUGCAGAUCUAAACUGCUGAACUCAGCUGGUUAUAAUCGAAAUGCAACGCAAGGAAUUAUUUUUUGACUGCUCCAUCUUCCCACUUGCAGCUAGUUCUUAAGUAAUUCCAGUAUCUUAUUCUUGAUCACUCUUCCUGUAACUAUUCAAGCUUCUGCAAAGUGAUGCUUCGAAAAUGUGCUUUCUACAGUAAGCCCUAUAUUGGGCAGUGCUUGGGCAAUCAGUUGUCAUUACGGAGUAGUCUGAGGAAAAAUACUGCCAACACCUUACACAUUAUUUGGACGCUAUUUUGUUUGAUUCCAAUGUCCAGUUCUUCUCCAAUGUGGAAUAAAAGAAGCUGGGUGAUACUUCAAAAAAAGAGUGAAGAGCAGAUUGGAGAACAAACUAAUUUGUUCCUUUUUACAUUCUUUCUCCUUUUACACAAAAAAUAACCUAUGAGAGUCAGUCUGCACUCUUGUCACUUGUGAGUUAAGGUUUUAGUUCAACAGGAGCUAGGCUGGGUCCUCCAAACUAGGAGACUCCUUGGCUCAAAUUAAUUUACUGGUCAGUUUACUGAACAAAGAUAAUACACUUACAGGUUGAAUAUUGUUUGACAAUGUUUUUCAUCUCAUCUGAAGAAUUUUAUCUGUCGGGAUCCUUUUAUAAUUGUCUUAUUUAUAUGGUAGCAGAUGUAGAUUGGCUGUUUUCCAUUUAUCAAUGUAUUUUUAUUACUCCCAAUGGGAGUAUUAUUAUGAGGGACUACUGUACUUGAAAUGCAGUGAAUUUACAGAAAUCUUUGCUGUCUCCUCCCUUGGAGAGUAUUACUUGCAGCACACACUGGUUCAGUUUCAUGGAGUUCAUUUUGUAUGCAUUUGAAGGAAAAGGCUCAACACUUGAUAACUUUGCAAAAACUAUGAACAUUUAUUGCUGGUUGAAAAUGUGAUUUCUUCCUGUAUUAUCCUUCAAUGCGACUAUUGCAUCCAGUGAUAUUUAAAAUAACAUAACAUCCCAAAAAUUUAAUUAAAAUAAAUGAGAAACUGUCUCUUGAGAAAGGAGCACCUGGAACACAAAUCAAAGUUUCAGCAGAAACUUAUUAAAUUAAUGUUCUUGGGGGAAAUGGGGUUGUGUGUGUUUGGCAGGAGGGCAUGGGAGGAAUGAUACAUCCAAGCCCCAUAUAUAUGCCUGAAUGUGCAGCCUGAAUGUCUGUAAGCUAAUUCUGUGGUAAGGGGACAAGACCAAUAGUUAACCCUACACUGUUUUAGAGUAUUACCUGACAGCUGGUACAGCAUAAAGCUCCUCUUUCAGAAAGGAUUCAGAAAUUUAUGGAACAGAAUUCAAAAAGAGAAAGUGGGUACUCAAUGACCAAUAACCUAUUAACAUUUGAUUUUUAACCUGUUAAUUAGACUGACUUUUGUAAUUGAAAUAAAUUUUCAGGUAAUUUUGUAAAACUAAAUUAAUAUCCAUCUAAUGGUGCUAGCUUCGCUGAUUGUAGUCAUAACUAAGGACUUGACAACACUUGUCGUAGAAUUAUUUUUUUCCACACAAAAUGAACAGAAUAUGCUCCUCAUAAGAUGCAACUACAAACAUUUCAAUGUUUUUAUUGUAGUUUUCUUGAUGUUUUAUAAAAUUUCAAGUG